GGUCACUCCCACCUGCUCCUCCCCUCCUCCCUCACCAAGUGCUCAUAACCGGCCGGCAGCCUUAAAAUAAAAGCUGAAAGCUGAAAAAAGUCACUCACAUCGAGCAGAACGAGAGAGUGACAGGAAGCAGGACACACAGAGAGAGUAUUGUGGGUCAUAUUCAGAGCACAGAAGAAUAAUACACUCCUGUCCUGCUGUUAUCUCACAGCCAGUCUGUUCCCGCAACAGCAGCAUCCAUCACCACGGUGAAGGAGUAUUUCCUGUGAAAGGUCGAACAGUCAGCAGCAAAAAUGGGAUGUUUUGGAUUCCUCAAGUUCAUGAUGUUUGUCUUCAAUGGCAUUAUCUUUUUGGCGGGUGCUGCCAUCCUGGGUGUUGGGAUCUGGGUGAAGGUGGACAGCGGCUCCAUCCUCAAUUUUCUUGGAAAAAUUGAAAAUGCUCCAUCAGAGCUCAGUCAGGUGCUCAAUGUGGGCUACCUGCUGAUCGCUAUAGGAGCACUGCUGCUCAUCAUUGGCUUUCUAGGCUGCUGUGGAGCUGUCAAAGAAUCCAAGUGCAUGCUGCUGCUGUUUUUUAUCAUCGUCCUGCUGGUCUUCAUAGCAGAGGUUGCAGGAGCAGUGGUGAUCUUGGUAUUCAGACCAUUGGCAAACGAUUUGAUUGCCAAGUUAGGCACAGCAGCAGUCGCGAACAUCAAGAGGGACUAUGGACAAAGUCCUGACAUCACGGGGCUGUGGAAUACGACAAUGAGCACAUUAAACUGUUGUGGAUUCUACAACUCAUCAGACUUCGUGGGAUCUCCAUAUUAUCAGACCCACAACCAGCAGUACCCGCCACAGUGCUGUUCAAACAGUUACAACCAGUGUAACCAAACAAUGGCUAUGACGACUGGCUGCUUCCCAAAGAUCAAGGAACUGGUUGAUGAAAACACGGUGGUGAUUGUGGGAGUGGCACUAGGAAUCGCAGCUCUGGAGAUAUGUGCCAUGGCUGUCUCCAUGAUCCUGUACUGCAGAAUAAAAUCCAGGAGUGCCUAACAGCACAUGGCGAGGGCUUUAGAAGGAGCAUUUUUUAAUCACUCAACCUUUCUCCUUCCAUUUGGCCUCUCGAGGAGUGAAGGGCUGUGCCUUUAUUUUGCAAAAAAAAACAAAAAAACAUGCCAGUCUCAUGCAAUCAGAAUGACUGAAUGAUAUAACAAAUCUAUUUUUACUACAUUUAAAUCUAUCUAAUAGAUGCCAUAUAUGAAUGUACAUUAUCUAUUUCAUAAGAACACUGCACUGUAAAAUGGGGAAAAGCACACACGCUGUCUACUUCAUCAGAGAUUAUUUCAAAUGUUAAGCAGAGCCACCUGUAACGCAUGGCCGGUCAAUGAGGAAUUACAUGAUACCUGCAUUCAUUGUGAUAAUGAAUCAAAGGCUGGUGCGUUGGACACAGGAACCACUAUAGUAAGUGUUGUUGCCAUGAGGUAGCUAGAAAUGAUUUAUUGUUUGUAUGUAUGUUGUAAAGUGAUACAUUUUGAAUUAAAGUGCAAAGUAUUUGUA